AUGGUGCUACACAUUUUCAACAAGAAGCAAGCGUCUCCGCCGUCACCACCGCCAGCAGCAGCAGUGCGCGACCAACCUGCGCCGCUAAAACAACAUUCGAAAGCAAGAAAGCAAGUGAGGUUCAAUCAGCCUGCAGACACGACAAAGGGGAUAGUUUACAGUUCUCCCCGGAUCGCCAUACCAGGCUCGCAGCUAGGUGGCUCUGCCACCCCUCAAGAAGUAUCAUCAAACGCAACUUCAGCACCAGCUUUGGAUGUUUCACCCACGCAUUCACCACCACCACCACACGAGAGAGGCUGCCGCGGAGCCGCACCACGCAAGUCAGCUCUAGCGUCGCGCUCUCGCCCGGGGCACGGCAGCUGCACUACGGAACAACCGUCAAGUUUGGGGCACAGUUAUACUAGCGCGUCAGAUACGGAUAUGUCGCCUACACACUCACCCGAGGGCCAAUCGUGCCCCUUGCCAACGCACAAACGACGUGGAUCUCCCAAGACACCAGAAAUCUCCAAAAGGCUGAUAAUCCAGUCUCAAGGAGGCAAUCGUGGUGGAAAUGGAGAUGGUAAUGUUAACGGCGAGGAAGACACAGGCAGCCAAGAGCAGAUGGCAAGAAAGAAAAAUCAAGCAGCUGGUAGAACAACAAGUAAAGCCAGACUUGCUCCUAAAAAACCAGCGAGAAUUAACCCGAGGAGAAACCCUUCAAGAGAGUCCCUUGUUGGUGCAAGUAGCAGGACGGAGACGUCCAACCGACAGCUCAAAGCUAACACCAAGCACUUGAGAAAUGGCAGCGACAGGAUUAAAAAACGGCUGAAUAACCAGUCACGCAAUAGGUCGUUGGAGGUAGCCCAGAGUUGCAACGCCGAGGGCGGAAUUUUACCCUACCCCGUCAAUGAUGACAUACUAAGCAUCAUAGUGAGAACUACAACUGGCGAAGGUUGCAGUGGUAAUGGUGGUAAUGAUGCAAACGACGAUGGUUUCCGAGAGACGACUGCUCCCGCACGAGCAACUAUUAUGAGAGUCUCGCCGCCCCAGUUCUCGGUACAGAUAGUAUCCUCUUCAAACUCCAGUGAGCCCCGCGCCAGCCAAGAACAGCACCAGGCAAGAGCAGAAGAAACAUCCAACCCUGGGGCAACAUGUGCACGAGAAACUACGACAACCCACUUGGCACCACCCGAACACCCUUUUCGCCGUCGACGCGAGCUGUUUGAUGCAUCGAGUAUGGUGACUGCACGGUCCUUUGGAUCAUCAGGCUCAAUUUACGGUGAUGCACCUUUUGGUAGGAACGAAGCCGUUGCGUGCAUUUUGGAACGGACUGGAAGCACCAGGAGUUCGGCUAGCAGACAGAGAGGUGCUAGGCGACAAGCAGCAGCAAGCACUAGUGGCAACUCGGAACAGCAGAAUACAAUAGUGGAGGAGCCAAGAGGUGCCCUGGAUAACCUCCCUUUGGCAAGUCGGCAAGGAACAAGGGAUAGGAGCUUUAAUCCAGAGCGUAACAUGAGAAACACUCAAGCAUUGAAUGUGAACCAGACCCAGACUCAAACUCGCGCGGGUCCAUCAGGUGGUGCAGAAGCACAAAUUGCACCUCUUUCCUCAUCCUUUGCCCCAAAUCCAUCAUCAGUACAAUCAGAGUCGCAAGCAGAACGAAUUACGCGUACACGAGAAGCAAUUAUUGCCAGAUUAAACCAACGCAUAGACCUUUCUCAAUAUCCAACCGAAUUGACCAUGCAAACAGCAGAACAGCGUCAAAAUGAAGCAGGACUUGGAGGAGCAGAAAGAGGAGGGGAAGGAGAAGCUCCGCCACCACUAGACGAAUACGCACAUGUGCCGUCUACGCCACCAUACCGUGAAAGACUUCAUAAACGAGUCGAUCUCAUCUCGUUUGAUCCACGGUACCAUACACCAGUGAUCCGCAUCAAUCGCAACUUGGUCAAGACCCCCAAGAACCUCCGCCAACUGAUCCGCAAGAUGGAUAAACUCCAAGUUGUGCCGCACGAGAUCAACUUGUGGGAAGUGAGUAAAGUCGAUGAUCUUGAGUUUUUGCAGAAUUUGCCUCAAUUGUUUUUCGAACAUGAAGUGAAUGAGGCAUUAGCUAGCUCAUUGAGAGCCAGUAGACACCAACAACAGCAGGAAGAGUUGAUGCGGUUGGAGUAUGAGCAGGAGAUUAGCCGUGCUUUGGCUAUUUCAAUGGAGGAACAAGCUCAGAGGCAGUUGUUUCGUAGCUUUAGAUAUCACGGAGCUGAAGCAGCUGCCUCGCGUGAAGAAGUAGUAGUAGAAGAAGAAGAUGAAGGGGAAGAGGAAGAAGAUGAUGACGACAAUGACAAUUUUGCCAACGAAGACGAGUUUGUCAAUGUUGAUGAAGCAUUGCGCGCUUGGCAUCAGCUGCAAGUAGCUCUGAGUUCAAGAACGAGGACAGAGGCGCAUCCCGUAAGACCCGUCACUUUCAACUACUUGUUGCCGGCCCAUGCUCGUUCGUCAGCUUCGUCGUACAUGACAGCUUAUUAG